CCCUCAACCGUGACUGUGACUCGCCCAAGGGCAGACGAGCCAAUUUGAUCUAGACCGGGCAUCCGACAAACCUCCAUACCCGAAAUAUCGACAUCUCUUAAUUAGACUAGAUCUUGCCUGUCCCUGACAGGACCCUGAGCUGUCAAUCCUGCACAGCAGUGACAGCAUCUUCACACCUCCUCUACCUAUUCCUCCUUUAGCCCCGACGCAACGUCGCCAUGACCGCACCGGAAGAUGAUCCCCAGCACCAGCAGCAGCAGGGCCAAUCGAACGGCGAGGUUCGGAGUGAGGCCGAUCUAGCACAGGCAUACAAGGAAAUCAUGCGCGGGGAGCAAGCCGCGACUGCCAUGGAGAACAACCUGAGUAACCUGGAGAGCAAGCUUGACGCCAUACUCGCCGCCUUUGACGCGGCUGAUGUCGAAAAGGCCACUGGCGAGAACAAGCAGUCCUCUGACGGCGCACGUGCCGGCAUCGCCGACAAGAAAGAAGAUGAACAGCCUUCAGGUUCAAGCAAAGAGACCAAGGCGGAGUGAUAUACGUCCACGAUGGGCUGGCUGGCUUGCUUUGACCGGCAAGGGGUAGGACAAGGGGCGUUCCGGAUUCAUGUAGUAUUGGGAAGCAGCAGCACACAUCGU